UUCGUCUGAAGAACCCCGAACCUGUGACCCCCUCCCCCUCUCCCUCCCUUUUUGAACACCCAACUACUGCAGAAUCGUUUCUAUGGAGAUUCCGCUGUCUCCACCCAGCCCCACGUAGCCUACUGCAGGAGCCUCCCCGGCGUUGAGUUUGCAGAAAGCUGUGGUCAUUCGGCAGUUGCUGAAUCACGUCGAGAUUUCAUCCGCAGCGUCAGGUCGCGUUAUUUAAUUCAUUGUGGACUGCGCCGGCUGAUGAUUGCGUUCGGCAUCUUCAGCUCAAGGCAUUGAAAGUUGUAACCUAAAUUCUCUCGUUCAGAAUGUCGGCGGUUUCACGACGUAGCUCCAUUUUGGUUCCAAUUAAGAACAUUGAGCGGGAGCUCAUCUGCCCAAUCUGCAAGGAGCUGUUCACGCACCCGCUCAUUCUGCCCUGCCAGCACAGCGUUUGUCACAAGUGUGUCAAAGAACUGCUCCUUCUGAACCAUGAAGAUUCCCUCAGCACCGAUGCGGGAUCAGAGUCCUCCCUUCCCGGGAGUCCUCGCUCCAGAGUUCCCUCUCCCAGUAUGGAGAGACUUGACCGGCUCGUGAGAUCAGGUUCGAUCUCCUCGCCGGGGUGGAGGCGGGGCUCGGUGACCCCCCGCAUCACCACCUUCCCGUGCCCGGGCUGCCAGCACGACAUCGACCUGGGCGAGCGCGGCAUCAGCAUGCUGUUCCGCAACUUCACGCUGGAGUCCAUCGUGGAGCGGUACCGGCAGGCCGCGCGCGCCGCCGUGGCCAUCCUGUGCAACGUGUGCAAGCCGCCGCCGCAGGAGGCCACCAAGAGCUGCAUGGACUGCAAGGCCAGCUACUGCAACGAGUGCUUCAAGCUCUACCACCCCUGGGGCACCCCCAAGGCGCAGCACGAGUACGUGGGGCCCACCACCAACUUCAGGCCCAAGGUGCUGAUGUGUCCGGAGCACGAGAUGGAGAAGGUGAACAUGUACUGCGAGGUGUGCCGGCGUCCGGUGUGCCACCUCUGCAAGCUGGGCGGCUCCCACGCCAACCACAGGGUCACGUCCAUGAGCAGCGCGUACAAGAUCCUCAAGGAGAAGCUUUCAAAGAGUAUCCAUUACCUAAUCAGCAAAGAGGACAAAGUCAGGACUCAGAUUUCCGAGCUGGAGGUGUUGAUUAGUCAAACCGAGGAGAACGGCGCGGAGGCGGAGCGGCGCGCCCACGAGCACUUCGACCGGCUCUUCGCCAUCCUGCAGGAGAAGAAGGACGAGAUGCUGCGGUCCAUCGAGGGGUCUCGCGCGCGGCGCCUGGGCAGCCUGCGGGGCCAGGUGGACGAGUACCAGGGCAUGCUGGAGAACAGCGGCCUGGUGGGCUACGCGCAGGAGGUGCUCAAGGAGACCGACCAGUCCUGCUUCGUCCAGACCGCCAAGCAGCUGCACAACAGAAUCCAGAAAGCUACGGAGUCUCUGAAGACCUUCCACCCGGCGGCUGACCCCUCCUUCGAGGACUACGUCCUGGACGUGUCCAAGGAGGAGGCCGUGCUGAAGGAGCUGUCUUUCGGGGGAGUGCCCGAUCCCCCCGUCAUCGACAGGACGCGGAGUCGCGUGUACAACGAGGGGCUGAUCUGCUGGGACGUCCCGGAGGACGGCCUGCCCACGGACCAGCACUUCCUGGAGUUCAGGAAGCUCGGCGGGGGCAGCGGCGGUGGCGGCGGCGAGGAAGAGGAGGAGGGGGGCGGAGAUUGGCGGGUCAGGGAGAAGGUGUACGGCUCCAGCUCCGUGGUGUGCGCCCUGGAGGGCGACAGCGUGUACUCCUUCAGGGUCCGAAGCCGCCGUGAAGCCUUCUUCAGCGCCUACGGCCCGGAAGUGUCCUUCCACACCCCGCCCGCGCCAGUGUUCAGCUUCUUGUUCAACGACAAGUGCGGCUUCAGCCCCGAGCGGCUGUCGCUGAGCGUGCGGCGGGACGCGGUGGAGAGCGUGGCGGGGCUGCCCUUCCUGCUGGCGGCCGAGCGCGUGCAGACCGGGGCCUACGUCUGCCUGGACUACAUCAUCGGCGACGCCGGCGUCUCGCAGGGCCGCCACUUCUGGGCCUUCCACGUGCAGCCGCACUCCUACCUGGUCAAGGUGGGCGUGGCCUCCGACUCCAAGCUGCAGGAGUGGUUCCACAGCCCGCGCGACACCAGCAGCCCCAGGUACGACCACGACAGCGGCCACGACAGCGGCAGCGAGGACACCUGCUACGAGCUGUCCCAGCCCUUCACCCUGCUCACCGUGGGGAUGGGCAAGCUCUUCAUCCCCAAGGGCUCCGUCGCCGCGGCGGCGGCCACCGGCGACCACGCCAACCGCGUGCUGCCCAUGCCCCAGCGCAUCGGCGUCUGCCUGGACUACGAGGAGGGGCGGGUCUUCUUCUACGACGCCGACAGCAUGCGCUGCCUGUACGAGCGCCAGGUGGACUGCACGGGCACCAUGUACCCCGCCUUCGCCCUGAUGGGCAGCGGGGGGGUGCACCUGGAGGAGGUCAUCACCGCCAAGCGGCUGGCGUACGAUGGGGAGGGGCAGUAGACGCCCGUACCCCCCCACCGUGUGUGGUCCCACCCCCCCCCCCCCACACCUUCCUGCCGGUCCUCCUAU